AUGUCCGAAUUACCAGCCUUUUCUCAGCUCUUUCGCCUCGACGGCAAGAUUGCCGUUGUUACUGGUGGUUCUCGAGGUCUUGGUCUACACACAGCCACGGCAUUCCUACUAGCAGGGGCAAAGAAAGUCAUCCUCGUUUCACGAAAAGCUGAAGGGCCGCUGGGUCUCAAUCAAGCGGUGGAGAAACUAAAUUCGUUAGAUGGCAUUUCGGGCACCGCUGUUGGCUAUGCUGCGGACUUGUCCAAACUCUCGGAAAUUGAAAGACUGGUUGGGUUACUCCGAUCAGAAGAAAGUAUAGACAUUCUGGUCGCGAAUGCUGCCGCGACAUGGGGAGGUCCGUUCGAGCCGACCCCCGACUGGGCCGUCUCGAAGGUGUUGGAUUUGAAUGUCAGGAGCAUUUUCAAUCUCGCUCGACUCCUCACUCCUCUCCUGGAACGGGCCGGUACUCGUGAAUCGCCCUCCCGGAUCAUCAUUGUUGGCGCGAUUGCAGGCAUGUCUGUGCCGGUCAUAGGCGACCAUGGAACUAUUAUGUACGGAGUCUCCAAGGCUGCAGCACACCAUUUAGCAACGAAUCUCGCCGUCGAAUUGGGGCCUCGCAACAUCUGUUCGAAUACAGUAGCCCCUGGAUUUUUCCCAUCGAAACUGGCCAACGGAUUGAUUGAUAUCCUCGGCGGCACGGAGUCAAUGACUGCCGCGAACCCGAGAAGGCGAAUUGGGGUUCCGGAUGACAUUGCUGGUGUUAUGGUGUACCUAUGUAGUCCUGCGGGGUCUUACGUGAACGGUGCCAUUAUUCCAGUAGACGGGGGAAAUCAUUUGCAGUCUGGGCAGUUCUCGAGGCUUUAG